CGGUGUGCGCGGCGGGCAGCGGCGCUGGCCGGGCUCUUUUGUUCAGGGCGGCGGACGGAGCGAGGCCAGGCCCGGACCCCCCCCGACCCCCGAGCGGCCCCCGCGCCCCUUCCAUCACACACCGGCUGCGGGGCUGUGCAAGCAGCGUCGCCCGAAAGCUGAAAAGCUGGCCAGCACAAUGGGAAAAAAACAGAACAAGAAGAAAGUGGAAGAGGUCCUAGAGGAAGAGGAGGAGGAAUAUGUGGUGGAGAAGGUCCUGGAUCGGCGGGUGGUGAAGGGAAAGGUGGAAUAUCUGCUCAAGUGGAAAGGAUUCUCGGACGAGGACAACACCUGGGAGCCCGAGGAGAACCUGGACUGCCCCGACCUCAUCGCAGAAUUCCUGCAAUCCCAGAAAACCGCCCACGAGAGCGAGAAAUCCGAGGGCAGCAAACGCAAAGCGGAGUCGGACACGGAGGACAAGGGGGAGGAGAGCAAACCAAAGAAGAAGAAGGAGGAGUCGGAGAAGCCGCGAGGUUUCGCCCGAGGCUUCGAGCCUGAGCGGAUCAUCGGCGCCACGGAUUCCAGCGGGGAGCUGAUGUUCCUCAUGAAGUGGUGAGUGUGCCCUGGGGGCUGGCACUUUGGCA